UUCAACCUGCAGAAUACGGAAGUGACAGCUGGAUGCGGUUGUAACUUUUAUAACUCCAUGAUUUGUUUGUUAUAUUAUUAGAAUGAAGGGACUAACAAGUUAACGGAGAUACGUUAUCGCCAUUUUCGUCUUUCUUUAACCGACAAAUAAAACAAAACGGACGCUCUUGGUCACUUUGUGACAUAGUUCGACUAACGAGUCUCGGACCCGAGAGAAACUAGCGAUGGACUUUUCGCUUUUCACAGCCGUGUUUUGUGCGAGUUUUCCCGUGUCUCUAGCAGCCGGGCGGCCUCACGUCGUCUUCGUCCUGGCGGAUGACUUCGGCUGGAACGAUGUCGGUUAUCACAACUCCGAGAUCAGCACCCCGAACCUGGACGAGCUGUCGGCGGCGGGGGUCCGCCUGGAGAACUACUAUGUCCAGCCUCUGUGCACCCCGUCCAGGAACCAGCUCAUGACCGGGAGGUACCAGAUCCACACGGGCAUGCAGCAUCAGAUCAUCUGGCCCUGUCAGCCCUACUGUGUGCCUCUGGCUGAGAAACUGCUGCCCCAGCGCAUGAAGGAGGAGGGGUACGCCACACACAUGGUGGGCAAGUGGCACCUGGGCAUGUACAAGAAGGACUGCCUGCCCACGCGCCGCGGCUUCGACACGUACUUUGGCUACCUGACGGGCAGCGAGGAUUACUUCACUCAUGUCCGCUGCACUCGCAUCUCUGCCCUGAACCUGACUCGCUGUGCGUUGGACCUGCGGGACGGAGAAGAGGUCGCCGCGGGAUACAAAGGAGAUUAUUCCACCGAGCUGUUCAGCCAGCGGGCAACCGACAUUAUUGAAAAACACAACUCUGAUAAGCCGCUCUUCCUCUACGUGGCGCUGCAAGCCGUCCACAGUCCCCUGCAGGUGCCCGAGCGCUACGUGGCCCCCUACAGUUUCAUCCAAGACCCCCAUCGCAGGCUGUACGCCGGCAUGGUGUCCGCCAUGGACGAGGCGGUGGGCAACAUCACUCGGACUCUGCGUCAGGCGGGACUUUGGGACAACACGAUCCUGGUGUUCUCGACAGAUAACGGAGGUCAGACGCUGAGCGGCGGCAGCAACUGGCCCCUGCGAGGGAGGAAGUGGUCUCUGUGGGAAGGCGGGGUCCGGGGGGUCGGCUUCGUCGCCAGCCCGCUGCUGAAGCGACCCGGGACCGUCUGCCGCGAGCUCAUCCACAUCUCCGAUUGGUUGCCGACUCUCGUCGGCCUGGCGGGAGGGCGCAACGUCACGGAGCCGCUGGACGGGUUCAACGUGUGGAACGCCAUCAGCAAAGGGUUUGCCUCUCCCAGACUGGAGCUGCUCCACAACAUCGACCCUCUGUAUAACGACAUCGCUCCAUGUCCUGGCACCGGGCGCCGGUUAACUUUGGCUCAGGCGGCCAGCGGACGCUCCCGGGCCGACGCCGGUUUCAAUGUGUCCAUUCACGCGGCCAUUCGAUCCUCAAACUGGAAGCUGCUGACUGGCUACCCGGGUUGUGACGUUUGGUUCCCGCGGCCCGGCCACAACGGCUCCGAGUCCGGCCCGGUGGAUCCGCUGAAGCCCGUGAUGCUGUUCGACGUCGCUAAAGAUCCGCAGGAGAGGAACGAAGUGUCCGCUUCCUUCCCCGCGGUCGUGGAGUAUCUCCUCGGUCGGCUCCACCAGCACCAGAGAAGCGCUUUGCCGAUAAACUUCCCCGACGAGGACCCCCGGUGUGACCCGGGCCCCGCGGGAGCCUGGGGACCCUGGGCCUGAAUGAGGGGGAUCAAGACAAGGUUAAACUUUUGUUGGCUGCGGUUUACUGCAGCGGGUAUCACGGUGACAUUUGUUUUACUCUGUUGUCAUGACAACAAGAAGAUGGCUCGCAGCGGUCUAAAAAUCGAUGAUUCAGAUUUCUUUUUAAAUCAGAAUUUUUCCAGAGAAACGGACGCUGUCGUUGUUAUUGGUCGACGUGUCCCGGCUCUGAGAUGCUUUCGAACGCUGUCAGCUACACAUGUUGCUGAUUUGUAAAGACUAUAAAAGACUGAUUUUUGUAUCUUCAAAGAUAUAUAUUUUUCAUAUAUUCUUAUUGAAAUUAAAUGACAAAUGAAACAAAUGUUUAAAUAUUACAUUUGGACAUCCAUUAGGUCAUGAAAAUACCUUUUUUAAAUAUGUAACCAGUUACGGGACAAGAUUUAAAAAAAACUAGGCGAACGAUAUGUGACCAAAUCACAUAAUUACAGAAGAUAAUGAGAGCAAAAAUAAAGCUAAAAGGAGCUCGAAUAUUGGAUUUGAAUUCGCCGAGUUGCUCGAAACACGACUCCAAAUGAAGGAAAGUUGCUCCAUAACUGCUGGAUGUGUAAAUAUGCAACUGUUUGCAAACAUCAUCUUCAUGAGUUGAUAAUAUAUCAAUGUUUUUGUAGCAUGUUGUGGUUUAAAUAUGUUGCUUUAAAUUAACUGCGUUGUACUUUUUGGGUUUUCUUUUUAAAAAAUUGUUUGCGUAAGUGCCUACUCAAGAUGUGUUAUGUGUUUUGGCUGGGAAUAAAAAUAUAAUCAAGAGGU